GACGACAACGCCGCGCCUUAUAUCAUUUUGCGAAGUCCUCUGCUCGAAGUCGGCUCUCCUCGUGCCUUGGCCCUUGCCAAAGAGUGUAUCGACGAGUGCGUCCAGAGACAUAAAUCUUGCAUGUCUUCGAACCUCCCCGAUUCCCGCCGCCUUCCCACACACGUUAUCGACUGCACAAACCUCGCCCAUCCGCGUCUAGUCUCUACCGAUGGCCGCUCUGGCAAAUACCUCACACUCAGCUACGUUUGGGGCUUGGACCAGAUACACAAAACCACGACAUCCAACGUAUCACAGUACGAAUGCGGUAUCGACCUCUCCCUCCUCCCUGCGACCAUCCGCGACGCGAUCUACGUUACCCACGCGCUGGGCCUUCAGUUUCUCUGGGUUGACAGCUUGUGCAUUAUCCAAGACUCGAACGAGGACAAGCGACAUGAGAUUAGGCGCAUGCAUCAUAUCUACCGCCAUUCCCACCUUACAAUCAUCGCCGCCAGCGCC